AUGUCAAGCUAACCUUAAGGAUAGUCAUCUAACCUACAAAAUAAUGAUGAUGACAUUUUGACUUUUUCAUCAGGAAACAAUCUGAAUAAUAUGGUUUCAAGCAAUACACUAUCAUAAUAGAUAUCUUAGCAAGAUAGUAAUCAGCAGCAAAACGAAAUUAAAUAGAAAAUAAAGAGGAUACAAUAAAAUUGGUCAGAUAAAUGUAGUAGUUUAGAAGGUCUUGUUGAGCUAUCAAGAAAGGCAUCUAGGAAUAUUAAUAACUACUUAGGAUCCAUAGAAAAUGAGACUGAAUAAUUUUCUAAAAAUUUAUUAAAGAGCUCUAAAUCUCUUGUUGGAGGGAUAACUUGGAGCUAGGGAAAGGAGUUUGCAAAAAUGACAAUUUAGUUUGGAGGCGCAAUACAGGAAUUAGCAACAAAGAGUUUGGAGAUAUCACAGUUAAACUAAUUAACUCUCAGUAAAAGUUUAGGAGAAUAUACAGAAUAGAUUUCUCAAUAGAAGAAGCAAAUGUAAGAAAAGUCCUAGCUAAUUGUGAAGAACAUUUCUUACAUGUAAGAAAAAUACGUUAAGUAAUACGUGAAAUAUGUAAAAUGCUGCAAAGAAGUAGAAAGUGCUAUUUAAGAAUAAAAGAAUGCCUAAGAAGAUAUCCGUCUUUAUUACAACGUAGCAUAUACAAUGAAAUAAGACAUGAAAAUAAAAGAACUUGCAAAAGAAGCAGAAAAAGAAGAGUAAAAAGUGUAGUAAGCUAUUGAAGAAGGCAACUUUCAAAUUGAAAAUUUACCCAAGCUUAUUUAGGAAAAUUACAAAUAGGUGAAAGAAAUUUUCAAGUAAACUUUACACAAAAUCAUAGACUCUGUUGUUGCUAUACAUAGCUAACAAAACAACCUUUUUUAGACAUUUAAUUAGUACAUUGUUGAUAAAAAGCUGAAUGAUGAUCUAAUUGCUAUAGUUGAUGAUGAUUAAAAGGUAAUCCAGGAGAGGCUAUUUAAAAAGAAUCCUGAUACUAUCCCCCCAGGAGUCAACUUUAUGCCAAUCCAGUCAGCUCUUGCUCGUAAGGAAGAUGUAAAUGAAAAUUCAAUUAGAGCUUAUCCAGAAGCUGCCUUUUAGUAUUUAGAAGUUUUUGAAGUAAUGAUGUAAGAAAGAAAAGAUUUAAUGAAGCAAGUUAAGGACUUCUUUGGAGAUAUGGUUGAUUUAUAUGGAAAUUUAUAUUCAUAAAUAGAAAAUUAGAGCAAGGAAAUCAAGAAAGUACUUACUGGUUCUAAAGGAGAUUCUAUUAUUGAUCUGCUAUAUGCUAUCCUCCAGGAUCUAAUUGAUUAAUAGUAGAAGAACUUAGAUCAUAUCAAAACUAUUUUUAACUUGCUAAAAGCUAGCAAUAAGACAAUCACUUCAUGUAUCAGUGAUUAACAAUCUUAAAGUAAUGGAUUCUUUAAUAUGACAAAGAAGCUUUUUAAUGAUUUUGGAAAGGCUACCAACAAAAAAAAGUGGGUAGUUGAUACUAGCUCGUUUUUAGGUAUUUCUCUUGACACCUUAAAUUAGCAUGAGAAAAAGAGAAUAGUUCUAAUUAAAGAGCAAAUCUAAUAACUUUUAAAGCAAAUUGGUUCUUUCUUAGAAAAUAGCACAAAGCAAUCCUAAGAGCAAUAAAAUGAGCUUAAUUAGAAAAAGGAACACUUGGAUGAAGAAAUUUUACAAGUGUUUACUUCAUAUAGUAAGAUUUUCGAAAACCCUGUGAUAAAUUAAGAUGGAAUAGUUUAUGAAUACUAAAAAUAAUUCAAAAUAUCAAGUUAGCUACAAAAAUAAUUAGAUGAAAUCAGCAACAAAUAGUAUAUUUACAAUUAAAUUGACUAAUUAACAUCUUCCAAUGUUUCUUCAUAAGAUAAAGAAACUACUCAAAACGGAGGAGACAACUCUCCUAAAUCUAGCAAAGGAAGUUCUGAUAGCUAAAAUGUAACGAACAGCAAUACAAAAGAAGGCAAGGAUGAUCUUACCAAUAGCAUGAAUGCUAGCGUGAGUGGAAGCUCUAAAAAAGAAACAAAAUUCACAUUAUUAUUUGGGCUAACAGAAAAUGAAUAGCCUAUUGAUACCUUCAACUGCGCAUUCUCUCAUAAGAUUUUACUGCAAGGCAAGAUGUAUAUAUUUGCAGAUAGGAUUGGUUUCCAUUCUUACUUUAACAGUUAGUCAUUUGUUGGAGACACAGCACUUUCUAUUCCCUAUAUUGAUAUUAUAAGAAUCGAUAAGAGAAAGAAUGCUCUCAUUUUCGACAACAGUAUUGCUGUUAUUACUUAAAGAGGUGAACUUUUCUUUACUUCAUAUGUCUAGAGAGAUAAUUGUUACAAGCUCAUUACUUAUCUCAUGCAAGCAGUUAAAGAAGGAAGAACUAGUAUGGUUCUUUCAGCCAAGAGAGUCCUCGAAAACAGUGGUGCUAGUAAUGAGCAAAUAGAAGAAAAUAGAAAACUCUCUGAUGUUUCUUCAAAUGGUGGAUAGUAAACUUAAAGCAGUCCUACUCAGUUCACAAUAAAUAAAGAAGUUGAUGAGGUGUAAGAAAUUGUUCUUAAUAGCAACCAAAAAGUUAUAGAACCAACAGAAUUGUCUGCUAAUGCUGGUACAAUAGAAUAAUCUAACUUAGAAGAAAAUUCUGUUGAAGAUAAAAAUGUUGCUGCUGUUGAAAGUAAAGUUACUUCCUAAAAUGUUGAAAGAAAGUAAAGUAAUACAGAAAAAGAAAUAUCAGAAGUGAAUAAAGUAGCCUCUCUAGUUGAGCAACCACGCUCUGGAGUUGAUAAAAUACCCCCAGUUAUUGAAAAAGAAAUAAGUAAUAAUUUAAAUAAGUCAGCAGCUUCUAAUAGUAAAGCACCUUCUCUUAAUGUAAGCGCUGCUAAUUCUCCAAAAAGCCAAAAAUCUGUCAGUAAUUUUUCACAAUAAAUAGAUCCUCUUUCUUCUGGGGUAAUUAGAGAUUUUACAUCUCAAUAAACUUUAGGAUUGCCUAUUGUAUAAUCAACAGUGAUUGAGGAUGAUUCAUGGAUAUAACAAAGAAAAAAUAUAUUCAAGUAGCAGAGUAUAUUUGAAAAGGCAUAAAAUGUCUCUGAAUUCGAAAUAAAAUUUCCUAAUGCUACCCCAAGAGAAAUUUUUAACAUUUUAUUUGGACUAAAACCUUACAAGCCAUAACCUGAAGGAAGCUAAGAAUUUCCUAAUUUUAGAUUUUACAUUUUCUAAGAAUUUUAGAAGGAUACUGACAUACAAUUUCAAACUUUUAAUCCUCCUCCUCCAGAAUGGUACACCAACUUAGACUGCUCUGACAAAGAUACAGUGAAGAGUUCUCCAGAAAUUUCUAAUUUGGAAUUCAAAGUUGUUCACCCAGUUCGUGAGAAAAUUCCCUUUGGUCCUAAAGUCAGUUACUGCUAAAAUAAAGAAAAAUAUUUUUGGAUAAGUGCUGAAGAAUUUAUUAUUGAAAGAGAAAUUUUCCUUAGCAAAAUACCUUAUUGCGAUUAUUUCACAAUAAGAUUCUAAUACAACAUAAGUUAAGUGUAGGAUUAGACAAGGAUCCUUAUUAAACUAUAUGUUCAUUUUAUGAAGAGCACUACUUUUAAAGGGAGAAUAGAAAAUGGUUCAUUAUCUGAGAAUACUGAAGUUAUAAAUACUGUUUUUACUCCUCAAGCUCAAAUCGCUAUUCAAAAUUAUUAAAAGUUUGAGAAAGUUUAACGUUUACAAAGAUUAAAGUAAGAAGCUGAGUAGAAUUCUUAAUAAUUAACAUUUAAAUAAUCUCAAACAUUAACUGCAUCUUUUGGAGAAUCAUAACAAAUGGAUUUUAUAGAAAGAUAAAACUCUUAAUUAAUUUAAAAUUAGUAAAAAAUAGAAGAAAGAAGAAAACGCUUUAAAGAACAGAGUCUUUUUACAAAUGCUGAGAAAACAUCUGACUUUGAAUUGCUAGUGCCUGAAGCUCAUCCAAGAGAGAUUUUUAACUUGAUCUUCUUUGAUAGCAAAUACAAACCAGAAAACAGUGAUAAAACUUAUCCUCAUUAUUUAUAUUACUUUAUGGAAGAGUUUUAGAAGGAUGUUGAUAUGCAUUUCGGUAAAUUUUCACCACCACCUCCAGAAUGGUAUGCAAAUUUAGAAUCUGUAGAUUGUAAUUCCGUCUUAAACAGUGAAGAUUAUUCCCUCCGUGAAUAUAAAUAUGUGCAUCCAGUUAGAGAAAAAAUACCUUUCGGACCAAAAGUGAGUCACUGCUAAAACAAAGAAAAAUAUUAUUGGAUAAGUGAAGAUGAAUUUAUAAUGGAAAAAGAAGUUUAUUUAAGCAAAAUUCCUUAUUGCGAUUACUUUACAGUUAGAUUCUAAUAUUCAUUCACUAAAAACGAAAAUUAAGGUACAAAGAUUAUAUGCAGAAUUUAUGUUAAUUUUAUGAAGAGCACCACUUUUAAGGGCAGAAUAGAAUCAGGUUCCCUUUCUGAAAACACUGAUGUGUGGAAAAAUGCUUUUUCACCUUAAAUAUUACAGGUAAUGUAACAAUAUAUCUAAAAAAAUGGUGAAAAGAGAAAAUAAAUAUAAGAGCAACUAUUAUAAUCAAUUAGAUUAUCAGCAGUACAAAGCUUAAAAAGCGAAGAUUCAUCUAUAUAAAAUCAAAAUACCAAUAAAAAAUCACCUCCAAUUAAAAAAAGUAAAAGAGAUAUAAUAAUAGAAUAACAAAAUUAAAUAACUUCAUUAUAUAAACUUAAUGAAGAGCGUUUCAAAUCAUUAAAUAAAAGACUACACGACAUGCAAGGUAUAAUAGAUCAUCAAAAUAAUCAAUUUAAAAACAUUCUAAUUGUUAUAAUUAUAAUUUUGAUAAUCAAUCUAAUCCACCUAUUUAAAUGA